UUCCAGGCCGCACUGGUAGGGGCGGAUCGCCUCGUUCCAGGGGCGGGGGGCAGCGGCGGUCCAGGGCUUCGCGUGGUGCCAGGAGUCGGGCGUGCCGCAGCCCCUCUCUCUUGGAUCCCCUGCCCUCUUCCCCUUUCCCGCCCUGGCCCGCGGUGCGAGGCUGGGAGCCGCUGCCCGGGGCCGCGUCGUGGGUACAAACCAGAGCACAACAUGAGCCCUAAUAAAGAUGCUAAUAGUCUCAACAGCUCAGCAGUGGGCCUUAUCUGUCUCCCCCCAGUCUCCGAGGAGCUACAGCUUGUGUGGACUCAAGCCAUCCAAACCAGUGAGCUGGAUGGAAAUGAGCACCUGCUACAAGCCUUCAGCUACUUCCCUUAUCCAAGCCUGGCAGAUAUAGCUCUCCUCUGCCUGCGGCAUGGGCUGCAGAUGGAGAAGGUAAAGACCUGGUUCAUGGCUCAACGUCUCCGCUGUGGCAUUAGCUGGUCAUCUGAAGAGAUAGAAGAGACUCGAGCCAGAGUGGUGUACCACCGAGAUCAGAUCCUUUUCAAGUCUCUUCUCUCUUUCACACAUCAGGCAGUGAGGCCCCCGCAGGAGAUGCCUCCAGUGCCCCCUCCAGAGCAGGUUGCUCUUGGACCGAGUUCUCUGGCGCUUAGCGAGCCCACUCAUGUGAAAGGAUUGAAGGCUGAGCCUGAGGAGCCCUCUCAGGUAUCACAGCUGCCACUGAAUCAUCAGAAAGUUAAGGAGCCUUUGAUGACAGGCAGCAGAACAUUCUCUCACCAAUCAGAUUGUCCGGAUCUUCAGAUCAGUGGCCUCUCUAAGGAGCAGGCAGGCGGGGGUCCCAACCAGUCAUGCGGUGGAAAGACUGCUUCCUGGAAUCACUCCACAGCUGUCCAUCAGCCAGAUAAGCUCCCACUGAUCUCAUUACUUGAUAAUAGUUGUAAGGAGGAGUCCGAGCCUAGUGGAACACCUCCAUCUUCCUCUACCUCUUCUCCCUCUUUCCAGGUAUUGGCUAAUGGAACCACUGCCACCCCUAAACCCCUCCAGCCUUUGGGUUAUAUCUCACCUAGUGAGCAGGCACUGUCUCUACAAGUAGAACCACUCUGGCCCCAAAAGCUCUGGAAUAACUCAGUACCAAGUAGGGUUGGCCCCACAGAAUACCUUUCCCCAGAUAUGCAACACCAGCGAAAGACUAAGCGUAAAACCAAAGAACAGUUGGCCAUCCUUAAAUCCUUUUUCCUACAGUGCCAAUGGGCACGACGAGAAGAUUACCAUAAAUUAGAACAGAUCACUGGUUUACCUCGCCCUGAGAUUAUUCAAUGGUUUGGUGACACACGAUAUGCCUUGAAGCAUGGGCAGCUGAAAUGGUUUCGGGACAAUGCGGUACUUGGUACCCCUAGUUUUCAAGAUCCAGCCAUUCCCACACCAUCAACUCAUCCCUUGAAAGAAUGGGCCAAGACACCACCUCUACCAGCCCCAUCGCCCCCACCAGAUAUACGACCUUUGGAGAGUUACUUGACAGUCCACCAGCAGCUACAGGAAGCUGAUGUCCUUAGACUGAGUCAGGCAUCAAGACUAAGCACUCAGCAAGUGCUGGACUGGUUUGACUCUCGAUUGCCUAAGCCAGCAGAAGUGGUAGUUUGUCUAGAUGAAGAGGAGGAUGACGAUGAUGAUGAUGAAGAACUGCCAGAAGAUGGUGAGGAAGAAGAGGAGGAGGAGGAGGAAGAUGAUGAUGAUGUAAUCAUACGGGACUGAGGGAGGCUGAGGCAAAGGGGAGUCUAUUACUGAAAUAUUAACCAACUUAGUGACUGUUCAAACCUUUUUGAAAUUGCUCUUGUAAAAAGUUUUGUAUUCUUGAGUAGGCAAAGUGGGUAAUCUGACAGUAGACUGGAGAGGGUGACCAGGAUAAACUGAAUGUAUUGGAUCAACAGAAAUCCAAUUCUCCAGCCUCCAUGUAGAGCGAGUUUGGGAUCUGGGCAAAUAAUGGCUGAAAAGAGCUCUUGCUUUGCUCUUGUUCUUAGGAUUUUUAAGUCAUGUCUCAGCCCCACAUCUACAGGGAACCUGACUGGAGAAGUAUUGUGAUCCACCUGAUCCCACUGCAACCUAGCAUUUGUCAGAGUCCUUUCUGCCUGUCCUGUCUGAGCAUGUCCAAGCACACUGCAGCUAGUGUUUGCAGUGUCUUGGUUUUGUAACAGACACGUCCUCAGACUCCUCUGAUGUCUUACUUGAUUUGUUACUAAUUCCAAGCAGACUGUUCUUGCUUCUGAUACUGGGACCAAUCUGCUCUCUACCAUUUUAUUUCUAUGAAAUCCCCUCUUUGCUCACUAUUGUCUCAGGGUAAAUCUUUACAUACAGAGUUUGUGAAAUUUUUUUAAUAAUCAGAGUGUGAAUAUUAGUCUAUAUUUAUUGAAGGCAGGAAUGAGCCAGGCAUAAUGCCUGUGACUACUGUGCAUGGCAGGUAGAGGCAUGCAGAUCAAGGUGUUCAGCGUCAGCCUUGACUACAUAUGAAGUCAGAGCCAGCCUGGACUAUGUGCGAACCUGUUUUGAAACAUAGCAGUGUGACAGAGGAGAAGGGCAGUAGGGUAGUUACAGGUUUGGAUUUAUAAACCUGACACUACUUUAGAUUGAUAUAGAUUGUUAGGUUGGUUUUGUUUUGUUUUUUGUUUCUGUUUUUAAGAGACAGGGUUUCUCUGUGUAGCCCUGGCUGUCUUGGAACUCACUUUGUAGACCAGGCUGGCCUCCAACUCAGAAAUCCGCCUGCCUCUGCCUCCCAAGUGCUGGAUUAAAGGCGUGCGCCACCACUGCCCGGCUUGUUUGUUUUUUGUUUUUUUUUUUUAAUUUUGUUUUUCCUUUUUUACUAGUGCUUCAGUUUGUAUCUAACAAGAGAUGUUUCCCUCUUUAUAGGAUCUGUCUUGUGGACAGAAGGAGCAUGGUCUUCUAACUCAGUGAUGUUCUAGAACGGGGAAUCACUGGUAACAGUUGGUUAGUCAUCUGAAAAUAGAGUGCAAGCCCCAAAUUGCUAAAUAAUAAAAAAAAAAAGGCCAAAAAUAAACUUGUUUCUCUUCUCCACUUUGCCACUCAUAUGUUUAAAGAUAUAUCUCUUGUCUAUCCAUCCACUUUCAUUUAUGUGAGUACACUGUUGCUGUCUUCAGACACACCAGAAGAGGGCUUCAGAUCGCACUUCAGAUGGUUGUGAGCCACCAUGUGGUUGCUGGGCAUGUACUUAGGACCUGUGGGAGAGCAGUGUUCUUCACUGCUGAGCAUCUCUAGCCUCAUCUUCAUUUUGUAAAUGCCUGCCUUGAACUUGUGAAGCCAUGGCUGUUGUUCAGCUUCUGACCUAUCUGUUUCCAUCUCCUAAGUGUAUGUGCCAUCAUGCACAGUUUAUGCAGUUCUGGGCCUCUGUGUAUGGUAGGCAGAUACUCUGCCAACUUGGCCACAUCUGUACCCAGCCUGAGUCUAGGGAUUUAAUGCUGGCAUGUAGCUCAGUGGUAGACCUCUUACCUAGUGUGUGUGACACCCUAGUUUCAAGCCCAGCACCACUUUAAAAUUAUUUCUGAUUUAGUAUAUAUUUAUUAUUUUUUAAAGAGAACAUACUGCAGUAAAUAAAAAUAGAAGACAGUAAUUCAGCAUCUGUUGACACUCGUGGUUUCCAGCAGUCUGAUGACAAGACUUAGUGGUCCUUCGGCAGUGGCAACAGGUUGUAACUCCACUUACUCAUCUCACCAUUCUAGAAACUGUUUAGCAAGAGUUGCAGUAGCCAUACAAGGGUAUAUUUCUAAUGAUUUUUUCCUUUUUAUUACUCUAUAUACCUUACUAAGCUAGAAAUCUACCUGUUUUAACAGCAAAAUCAAAGCUGGAAAUGUAUUCUACCUAUUUUUUGGACAAAGGAUAUUCAAAACAUUUCAUAGCAGCCAGCUGUAAAACAAGAGGUAAACAGUAUAAUACCUUAGGGUGGGGACAAUUGUUUAUUUACAUCGGCCACAGGAUAGCAAAGUCCAGGGCUAAGCAGUGAAAUCCAGAAAUGAACCACGAUAAAUAUAUUAACCUAGUCUUCCUAUGCCAAAGCAUGAGGCUAAGGAUUUUUGCAACUUUAGUUUCAAACUAGGAAAUGAAAGGCCGUACACACGGGGGAGAAAUGAUGAUCUUCCUGAAGCCCAGUGUAAGACCUCAUCGCUUUCUUGUGUAUUGAUAUAAGACAGAGCCAUUGAGAUGGCUUAGUCAGGAAAGGUACUUGCCACCAAGUCUAGUGACUUGAGUUGGAUCCCCAGGACCGACUUUGUUGGAAAGAACUGACUCCUACAAGUUGUCCUCGGAUCCCUCACAAGUACAUACACAAAAUAAUAAAAACAUGAAGGAGCUGGAGACAGUUCCCCAGCACCAUGUCAGUCAGCUCACAAGCUGCCUAUAACCCUGGCUUUAGGGGCUCGCACGCCCUCUUCUGGUUUCUGAGGGCACCUGCAUCACAGGCACUCAUAAGCAAGUAGUAUACCCUCAUAUGACACACACACAAAUAUUUUUUUAAAAAUUUUAAAUGUUUUGGAGAGAAAGACAUGUAAGAUAAAGUUGAAAAGAACAAGCUGUAGGCUGAAACCAGGAAACACGUGCCCAUACCUCCUAAUAGUACUGGACACUGCAGUUCAGUCUUAGCAUUCUGCAGAGAUCAGACCUGAAAGAGGGAUUCUAUCUGGAAAUGCUCCAUCCGUCUCUCCUGGCUAGUCCCAUCUGCCUCUGUUGGUAGAAUGUCUGCAGCAGAGAACAGAUUUGCAUGUUAUGACAACACAGACUAGUAAGAGUGUUCUGCCAAUAAAGUUUUAUUGAACAAAAUCAA